CUGGGCAGGUGCUGAUGACGUCAUCACGCUUGAAGAAAGAACAGACGAGAGACGCCGAAAGUGGCAGCAUCAUGAAUCCAGCGUGCACAGCUCUGAUCUCCUCCAUGUGCGGGGGGAGUGGGAGGGUUCAGUCUCACAAUCACCAGCCUUUUCCAGGAGAACUCGCUGGGAGCGCGCAGUGCUGCAGCUGGACGCCGGAGCGGCUCGCGUCGUCGCCGGGCACGACGGGAUGCUGCGUCCGGGGGCUGAUGAUAAUGAUGAUGAUUCAGUAAGUCGCUGGGAUGGACGAGGAAGAUUUGCGGUCAGCGCUCGGUGGAAUAACAGGGAGCUGUUGUGCGUCCUGGCUCCGCGAUGCCGUCACCUCUGCGCGCUUUUCCCUCUGCGACCCACCGGACAGAGGACACUGGCGGGGAAGUGACACACCGGCGUCGGAAUCUGCACAAGAAUCAGCCUCAGAAUAAACCGGAGAGGGAGUAGAGGAGCUGUCAUGGAGAGACACGGCAGCAGAGCCAGGGAGGAGACGUCGACGUCGAAGGAGGAGAAGCGCAGGGAGAAGAAGCCGAAGUCUGGGAAGCUUUUCCGAAAGAAACCGUUGAAGUCUGUGGGAAGUUUGAUGAACAGGAUCCUGAAAACUUUGGGCACUUUCGCCCACUUUGGAGACGCGGACGCGCAGGACGCAGAGGACGAUGACGGGGGUUUUGGGAAUGGCGCACCGUGCACCCUCAGCGCCAGCUCAGGGAUCACCAGGGAGGAUGGACAGGUGAGCAGCUGGGACACACGAGCGGCGAAGAACACCUCCAGCACCUCCUCCUCUCUGUGCACCGGCAGGGAGAAGCUGCUCUGCCAAUACGGAGACAAAGUCCCCGGCGUCCUGGGGCUGAAGAACCACGGGAACACCUGCUUCAUGAACGCGGUGGUCCAGUGUCUGAGCAACACCGACCUGCUGGCGGAGUACCUGGGGCUGGAGCGGUACAAGCUGGACCUGAGCCUCACCAGGGUGAACGGCCUGGUGAGGAGUGAGGAGACGCGGCUGGCCCGGGGAGAAGUCACGGAGCAGCUGGCUUCACUCGUCAGGGCCCUGUGGACUCUGGAGUACACGCCACAGCUGUCCGUGGACUUCAAG